UUUCCAAGCCGCCUUAAAGGGACCGCUCACUGCCCAUCGCAAAGGCUGAUCACUACUCACAUAUUCUUUCUCUCUCUCUCCCUCUCGUCUAAGCUGGGCUAAGAUGUGCUCCAAGCAGAAGGGGCGAGCCAGACAGUGGCAGGAGAACAUGAAGAGGCAUGCUGAGGUGGAGCAGCUGGAAGCGUAUCUGAGCAGCUGGAGGAAGGUCUUGACCAACAACAUCAACCUGAAGGCGAUGGAGGCUACGUCUAAGGCGAAGAUUACAGAGCAACAGCUAAGGACCAUAGAUCGGGAGGUGAAGGUUGCACGGAGGGCCAUUCUACUGAUGCGGCAGGCGGCACUGAAGGAGCUGCUUCAGGAUGAGAGCAAGCAGUAUGUGGAGGAACUCAAGCUGAUGGGCAAGACCUUCUACAAGGAGCGACUCUGAGCGCGAGGAUCCGGGAUUAACUCCCCCCACCGACUCCGGAGAACGCUGGAACUCACUGGAGAAAGAGUGUUUGUGUAUCUACCGGAGAAAUCCCAUAUCUGCCAUUCAAUAAAAGUAUUACUUUUCA